CUACACUGAGUAGAAAAUAAUGGACCAGAAGAUCUCAUGUGGAUUAAGUAGAAUUUACAGGCAUUUUUCUCAGUACAAAGUCAUUUGUGUUUCAGCCACAGAAAAGAACUGACUCACUGUGUUUUGGGUUGUACUCCAACGUCUCAUUAUUUUCAACAUGAUUAAAGUAUUGCCACCCUUGGCUUUGUUUGGGCCCCAUGCUGCCAUUAGAACACACCUAUUUGGGUUUUAUGUUCAGCCUCAUCACUUUUUGAAAGAAAAAUAAGCCACAUGUCUGUUUGUCUAAAAAUAAAUUAGUGGUAUUUGUGACGCUGGUGAUGUCUAUCGCUGGUCAUAACUUCCAGACUUUUCAUAUGUACUACUGAGAUGAAAAACCCACAUUACAGCGAGAGACUUUUGAAAGCGUAUUUUCUUUACGGAUCUUUAAGCUAUUUUUCAUUCCACUUCUUGGAUUUAAUCAUACGGUCCAUUCAUUUCUUCUCAUCAGUGCUGGUUUAGUCCAGUGAGCUGGAUUUACAUAGUUCAGUUUGGCUGACAUCAGCAUUCCCUCAUCAACAAACUGUGCUGCAUUCAUCAGACAGAUUCAAGCUGUGUCCUUGUUUCUAGUAAGACUCCGUAGAGUGCGUCCUUGUGUAAUUUGAAUAUGCCCUCUACACAGCCUUUUCCACAGGCGUGUGUCUGUGUGAAAGGAGAGUUGUGAGCCUCCUAGCAGCCCUGCAUAAUCGCUUGACUUGUGUAACCCACACACUCGUCUUGUGUGAGAAAUGUCACACAGUGGAGAGAAGUUCAUCCAGGCCUCUAGCCAUAUUCACGUCCAUAUUAUAGUCUUUCUCUGCUUUUCACUGUGUUUGAGAACACAGUUUUUUUUUUUGGUGUGUCCUUCUUGAAGGAUUGUGGACAGUCAGCUUGUUCAAAGGAAUUACCACAGCACACUUCCUAUUACUUCAUCCUAUCCUCAUCCUGCACCAUAAACCACAGUUUCAUCAUCUCCUCAACCAAAACACAUUUCCACACACUAGUGUUAAUAUAGCGUUUGUUUUUUUCUUACUUAAUUCUGUUUACCUUCGCUGAGAACUUGUAAGUAGGUGUUUUGUGGUCGACGUGUGCUAUAUGGAGUCUGUAUUUAUGUCUGACAGGUAUGCGCUGUGCAUCAUCUGUUUUGUCCCGUCAGAAGUGUCAGUUGAAAUAGGGGCUGAAGAAGUGAUGACCUGGCAAUCAGAAGAGAUUGAGUGUUUCAAACAGCAGGAACGAGGAGAGCUGCCUUUGUUCAGUAUAGUAUAAAGUAAGGGCAGGUGACAUGCCAAAUAGAUUUUAAUGCUUAAUUUAUUACUGUAGUUAAAUCUACAGUGUACCAGAAGUUUCUACAGCUCUGUUGAAUUCAGAAGGUGUUCAAUUACCCUGUUCCCAGUCAUGCUGGCUUUUAAACAGGGACUCCACAUAAACAAAAAAAGUGGGUAAUUGUUGAUUAUGGUCAUGUUUUCUCUGAAAUUAACAUUUCUUCAGAGGAAGUCAUUGGAGUGGCAGUCAAAAGUUCCUGUUCCUGAAAGUUUUCUGUUGCAAGAACUUUCUGUUUUCUUGGUAAUAUAACAGGCUGCUGACAAAAGAGCUGCUGAUGAGCGGAUGACUGCAGCUGCUAUAAUGUAAGUGAUAACCGGAGCUAACUUGUAGCAUGGACUUUCCACAACAUUAAAUAUAAAAAGUUAAAAAUGAGAAAAAAAAACAAUUCUCGAUGUUUAGGUCGCGACCUCGGCUUGUUAUCGAAUGGAAACAGUAACUCCGGGUUGCAUAACACCAUGCAGUUGAUUAUUUUUCCUGUAAAUGCAUGCCCUGUCAUGUUUAUUCCUUACGAGGAUAUGACUCCAGAAAGGCAUUUUGUCGCGCAGAAUAUCACACUAUAGAUAUUAACGUCAGUUAUAGUAGAAAGGUAUUUAGACUUAAGAUCUACACUAAUUCGUGCUGCGUGAAUGUAUUUGUCUGAAUAGUGCUACAAAGGUCGUGUUUUCUUUUGUUUUUAUUAUCAGAGCUCUCCAAAUCCAACAGCUGCAGCUGCUUUCCACUAACAGCCUUUGAGAGCUCGGUGAUGCCGAGUCAGCGCCGACAGUCUUCCUGUGGCAGAUUUUAUUUUUAUAGUCAGAGCAGGAAUGUUAAUUGUGCUGUACACACCACAAAGCGAACAUCCACUUCCUGAAUUUCCAGUAGGUUUUGUUGUUGCUGGAUAGUGUGGCACCAGCAUGAGAGAAACAAGAUCUCUAUAUUAUGAACUAGAGUUCCUGCAAGUUGAAAUUCAUUCUGUGUGUUCAGUCUAUUUUUAGCAACUAGAGAGGCAAAACCUCUUAAAGCGUACAAAUCCAGUUUCCUUGAACCAACUAUACUAAAUAAAACCUCACACUUCAUGUUGUGGCCAUACUCAGUGUACUGUCUGCGGUGAAAUUGAAUCAGUAGCUGUUCAGUGUGGGCUGGAUUAAAUACAGUUGCCUGUUUGAGCAGCUGUGGGCAGCAGCUGUAAUCUUAUUACGAUCUUCUCAUAUCUCUCCUCCGCUUUUAGACCAACUGACACUGGGGGUAGAUUCUCUCAGCUGCAGACUUUGCUCUUAUCUGCUCCUGACUCUGUUUGUGAGCGCAUACAAGCAGUCACAAGGCAGCUCCUGCUGCUUUCUGCAUUACAUCACCGUCCUUCAGCCAGUGUGAGGUCAGCCAAUCAGUGCAUACAAUAGCACUUCUGCCAAAAACAUUGGACAAACACUGCACUUUGACUCCUGGCUUCAGAGCUGCUCCUGCCUAAAGGCUUCUGAUCCAUUGUGUAGCAGAUCCGGAACGUUUUCCAGGUUUAUCCUGUACUCUACUCCGGUGGUGCAGCCGCCAAAACACAUCUGCUGCUCUAAGCCUGAUAGCUUAUAGUGUAACUCACAAAAUAUAUCAGACGCAGGAGACCUAGUACUGAGAACACAAAUAAGUUCUAGCAAUCAGGUUUCUUUCUGACUUUGGAAGCCUCAUUUUAAUUAGUGCUGUAUAAUUUUUCAUUGGCUGAUAUUCUUAAUCUCACAAUGCAUAAUGUGACAUGCUCGAUUCGUACCCUGGCAACCAAAGACAGCCACCAACAAACUUCAGGCAUUGUCGGAAAAUGUUUAUUAAACUCUCAGAUAAUAAUAGCUACUACAUAAUAGCCAUCAGAGAAGGCCGGCAUAGGCUGCUGCAGAACUCACGCGAUAGUCUACAGAUACAGUAAUGGCUAAGAAACAUAAACAAAACAUGCUAAUGGACAGAAAAAUAUCUUUAUUACCUCAAGCUCAAUAGGAACAACGACCCCAGAUCAUUCUGCGUGAUGGAAACAGAACAUCGUCAUUUUCAUUAAUCUUUGUCAUAAAGAACAUAAAGACAUAAAGAAUAUACAUGCACAAGCACACAGUCUGUCAUAAAGAUUUUAUCAGGGUUAUUUCAAAUAGUGCAACAAGUGAUAAUCUUAAAAGUCUGCUUUUAACUUUAUGGGUGAAGCAUGCCGGUGGUUAUGACACGCUGUUGUUGUCAUUAUUAUGAUCACAAAACUACACUAUUGUGAGAGAGCACUGCAAUCAUCUGUACUUUUAUAACACAUGCUGCUUUGUUCCUCACAGUAACAAGUAGCUGUGGUUAGCAAACCUACAGUAUAUUGUGUUCUGUGAAAAUGUCUUCCAAGUAUCAUGGUGAUAUUUUUUGCCAUAUUCCCCACCGCUAGACAGAAAUGAGUAUUUUAUUAUUUAUGCUAUUUGCUCCCUGCCACUGACUCAAAUAUAUUUUGCUUUUGGAAAGAUGCCAAUGUCAGUCAGACUAAACUGGAACCUAGGAUCAAAGAUGGAAGUUGACACACCCUUGUGAAAUUUAUGAGGAGACUACAGCGGGACUAUUUACUCUUUGAAAACUUCAUUAAAAAAGUUCAAAUUUUUUCAUUAAGAGUCAACUUAAGAGCAGCGAAAGCAUUAUCAUAGUGUUUGUUAUAUGUUUGGUUUAAUUUGGCUGUAACGUUGUAAUAUAAUGAAGCUCAGAGUCAGACACAGGGAACUGCCAGCCAUGUAAAGCAUGAGGUUUAAAGCCGAACCUCUGAUGUGCCCAUGUGUUUACAUUUAGGGAGAUCUCUGGGUGGAGCUAUCUAAACUCAGCUGGUGGUGUGUUGUCCAUGCCAUGUAAAUCCACAUCCUCUUUAUUAGUUCUGUUUUGCAGUUCUAUGACAGAAUAGUGAGUACUUCCCUUUAAAUGUUUUUCUUUUGAAUUUGCGAUGAAAAUAGCUUAAGCAUUCUAGCUUAGCAUGAUCUCGAAGAAAUACACCAUAACCAACUCUUUAUUCUGUAAUUUACACGUUCAUACAUGAGUUUGAUUGCGAUGUCGAUUCUAACCCUGCUCUCUCCGCUCAAAAGCUGCUUGCCGGUUAACACGAUUUGCUUUCCGAACAGCCGCGUGCGUCAUGGAGCAGAUGAGCCGAAUGAUGAUAGGCCAGGUGCGUGCAUCCGUGUUACAUUACAUCCAUGAAUCAACAACAUGCUAACAUAUAUAUCUCUGUUGAUAGGUUAUGCCUCAGAACUAUUUAACACCAGAUAUCAUCUGUUUUAAAGCUGUGUGAUUUUUGUAUAGAGUUUUUGAUGUUCACCAGGACUGAUGUUUAAAUUGUGUGGACAUGCACUGUACCACUGCUCUCACGCUGUGGUCUCAAUCAAGCAUACUGACCUCCGGAGCCUUGUGUAGCAUCUGGACACAGUUUUUAGAAGCAGGGACGUAAUUACCGCCAUCAGGUGGAACCUUCACGGGUGAAGUGUUGCCUGUAGUCCGUGUCUCAACAGGCCUUUGAAGUCACAGAGGGAGACGAGAGAAGAUAGCUGCAGAAGUGAGACCAGAUGAGGUUUCAGCGUGCAAAAUGAUCACACACACCCUAAACAUCAUGAGAAUUACAAGUGAUGUUGAGAAGGAGAAAGACCUCCGGACUCAGCUCAGCUAUGAGGAGAUCAAGCACAAUAUCGAUUUGUAUAACGCAGCCACAAGAGACCACUUUAAAAUGACACUGAAUCCCGAUGGCUUGUACACAGGCUUCAUAAAAGUGCAGCUGGAGCUGCGGCGGCCCAUCACCGUGACAGGUGGAGUACCAGCAGGGACGAAGGCAGCGGAGGCGUUUUAUUUACCGCGAGGCUCUGUAAACACGCUGCACAUCAGCAGCUCCAACACGGUACAGCAGGUGAUCGAGGCUCUGCUGCAGAAGUUCACAGUAGCUGACAACCCAGCCAAGUUCGCCCUGUACAAACGCUUCCGCCGCGAAGACCAUGUGUGUGUAUGUAAGCUGUCAGAGACCGAGCACCCUCUGCUCCUGCGUCUGCUGGCUGGGCCAAACCUGGACACUCUCAGCUUCGUCCUCAGAGAGCAACAGACGGGAGAAGUCAUGUGGGAUGCUUUCUCCAUCCCCGAGCUGCACAACUUCCUGCGCAUCCUGGAAAAGGAGGAACAGGACCAGGUCCGGGUGAUAACCACACGCUACAACAUCUACAGAGAGAAGCUGGAAGAGGCACUCAGAGCGAACCAUAAUUAACAAUACUUUACACACACACACAGGGAAAGAGAAAGAGAGAGAGAGUGGACUGUGCCUUGGGAGACUCACAGAUUGAACUAUAAGGGUGACACAACUCUCUCUCUCUCUCUCUCUCUCUCUCUCUCUCAUAUAAAACUCUGACCUUCAGAGAAGAUGUGGGAUUGCUCAUGUAUAUGUGCCACACUUUCCCAGAGUGCCAUAUUCCCAUCUCCCACACACUUUUUUUUUUUUCUUGUCUAUUUACCUCUUGAACUUGUGAAUGAUGCAAGCUUGAGAAUCUGUUGUUUGAUUAUUUUUAUUUAAUUGAUGGAUACUGUUAAUGGUUUGUACAUAUUUUUGUUUUUAAUUUAUGUGGGGGAGCUCUGUUCUGUUUUUUUUUUUUCUUUUUUAAAUCUAUAUUGUAAGAGUCUUAUUUUAUGUUUUAGAGUCAUAGCAACAAUCCAAAAUGAAUUGAACCGAGAGAUUGGCAGUAACAGUAGGUGCUGCUGACCUGCACGUUUCAUUUACCAAAGAAUAAGUAAUGUUGAUGUUGGUCAGAUGGAAGUAGACCUGAUAGACAGAUUUAGCUGAUUAGUAGUGGUUCUAUUUUACUUUGGACCUGUUCAGUGAAAGCACUGUGAGAAACAGAGACAAAAGUUAGUAUUACCAUGACUUUUCCUGACAGGAGACCAAACUGACAGUACAUUUGCUAUUAAAGGAAGGUUGUAGUGUUGGGAAUCCAGGCAGAAGCACGAUAUGUAGAAAUGUGAUCAGAAACUAUACGGCAAAGAUGAAGAAGGAAGAUAGGAAGUAGGAAAUGUAGGAAUUAAAGGCAUGAGAAUGAGGACUGAGUGAACCUCAGUGUGAUCAAUAUGUUGGUUUUAAGCUAAGUUAGUUCAUUCAGAGCCUGAUGAAAAGACUUCGGAACUCCGAGAAGUAGGGCAUGUCACGCAUUCAAGCAAUUGCAGGAAGUUGACAUAUGGAGAUAGAGGAAGUUGAAAUGCAUUUAGAGGAACUGUUAUGCACUGGUCUGGGAACAAACUUACUGGAUGCAGAUCUGGCGCUCACGCUGACCUCAAGGACUUGUCUUUGUUAAUGCCAGACUUCAGUUUAAAACUGCUGGUCAUUAUGUAUAAUAUCCACUCGUUAUCAGAUCCUCUGACAGAGAUAAGCGCCAGAAGAAAGAACAAGGCACGGGCUUGUUUGGCAGUGCUCUUAGAGGGAGGGAUGUAUCGGUCCAGUGGUCCAGCUCUAAAAAGACAUUAAACUGAAUGAAGAUUAAAGAUGCAUGCUGUGGACGAUGCUCUCGCUCUGCCAGGCUGUAGGCUAAGCGUCUGUAUCGUAUUUCAGCUGCAGCUGUUCCAGUUCUCUCUCAUUGAUACUAUAAAGCUGUGUUUGAGAGAUAAGUUAUAAUUACAUAUUCCACCACUAAAUACAUAUUUUGAUAGCGUAUAUAAUAGAAUAGACAAUCUGGACAGAGAGCUUGCAUUUUAUACCUAUCUCUCUCUCUCUCUGUCUCUUUUGGACACUGUUAAACGUACUGUAGUUUAUUCUAUGCAGAAAUCAGCAGAAAUGUGUCUUAAAGAGCAGACAAUCUGUAUCUCUCAGCAGGCUGUGCUGCUUUUCUUGCUCAACAUGUACACCAUGUUAAAGUUUUAAAUGAUACUUGUGUAUCAGUGGUUGAUUAUUUUUUAUAUAUAUGUAUAUAUAUCUAUGCAUAUUUUAUUGGAACAUGUUUGUGCUAGUACUGCAUGAUGGUUUUCUGAAGGGUACUGCAUUAUAGUCUGUUCAUGCAUUGAGUUAGUGGUGAUCUGGGGACAUCUAGUGGUCAUCUGCUGUAAUAGCACCUUUAUUUCACAGUCCUUUUGCUCAUCAAGGUUUUACUUUAAGUAAAAUUUUGUUUUUUGUUUAUUUUUUUAUAACCAAAGAUACAGUGUAAAGUUGCAUAUUUAAUUUAAGUUUUAGUGCCUGCUGCACUCACAGAGCUUGUGAUUAUUACUCUAUAUAUAAAUAUAGCCUGUGAGUUCUUGUCCCCAUGGCCAUACUCACACCUAAACACUGGGUUAAAUAUAUUUUAGAAUCAUAUGUUUCAUCAUCAUGGGAGUUUUUGAUUAAUGAGACGUUGAUGUUAAGCAGCAUGGUGGUGCUGUUAUUGUGGUGUGAUUUGAUAGACUGACCAGGGCUCCUGUAAUGUUAGUAGUAGAUACUAAAACAUUUUGGGCACUUUACAUUGUGAUUCAGGGAUGAACUUUUAUUUUUGUUAGCUUUGGAUGCCUUUUUUUGUUUUUUUUGUUUUUUUUAAAUUUUCAUUUAAUUAUACAACAGUAACUCUAUUUUAUUCCGUGAAAGCAUAGGUGUGUCCUGUGGAGAUUUUGUUUUUAAACUUGAUUAAAGAGUAAGCAAGCUUCUGUAGUUUUCUAGAGCAAUACUGUGAAUGUUCCCACUGUCCAACUCAUCACAUUUUAUUAACCUUCGUUCUUCAAAAUCUCAACUAAAUGCUAUGAGUAUGUGUAGUACUACUAAAAGAGUUUCCUGUAUACAUGCAUGCAUUAUAUUAAUCCAUGCAUAUCGGGUCUGGCUGUGAAGGACAUCACUGGUCGGUGUUGCAGCACAGGACUGUUGAUUAUAAAGAAAGAUGCUUCUGACUUUGUUUGCUAAAUCAAGAUUUAUGAUACAGAAAUUUCAGUACCUUUUUUUGUUUUUGCAAGUCUGCCUUGUGACAGUCAAAUAUUUUAAUGUCUGCUUUUCACUGCAUUUAAUGAAAUGUUGCCUUGAACAUAAAAAUCCCCAAACUUUACAUUUCCCUCUGGUCAUUUCAGGAUUUUCUCCAGUCUGAAAGCUAAACCUGAUCACACUUGUUAAAUGAACACAGCCGGUCUAUCCAGAGACAUAUUACAAUUUGCUAGGCUACUGUUAAUGAAAAUGGAUGAGAGCUCAGUGCUGUGAGGUGGACUGUGCCAAAUGCAUAAUGUUCUAAUAAAGAUGUAUUUGUGA